AUGCGAGUGUGUAGACAGUCGGCUCGACUCGACGGGGAGUUGGGCUCAUGUGUGUGUUCGCUCGGUUGCUGUUCGUUUCACCAGCGCGCAGACGAUGGCCGACCGGUGUGGGUGUGUCGGACUGGUGGGGCAGGGGGGCAGGGAGGGAGUGAGAAGAGGCGAAAUGAGGCGAAGGGAUUGUUUGCGAUCACCUCACAAUUGAGUAGUAUCGGCAGUAGUACGUUGAGUAGAAAUAAAUUGAUUCAGCUCAACGUUGGCCAGCCUCACACGGCAGGAGUAAACAGAUGA